GUAAAUGGCGACGGCAUUUAAAAGAUCACGUUAACAAACAUGGCAGCUCGCUCGCUUCUUUACGACCUUCUCCCCGCGUUACGCCGCCGGUGUCCGUACCGCGCCUUCUUCAGACGGUCGCACCGGGAGGGCCCUGCGCCCGCUUCUCUGACCGGGAAAGUGGACCGGUUCGGGGGAGUGACGGUGGACCUGGCAACCUGCCUGCCAGAGGACAUUGCAGAAAGUUGCUUUAGUGCGAUACUGAAAGGGUCCGUGGCCCGCUGGAAGGAGGAGGGGAAGGUGGCCGUGUGGCUCCGGGUCCCCAUCGCCUUGAGCCGCUGCGCUGCAGCCGCCGCCGCCCACGGCUUCGUCUUCCACCACGCCCGCGACCGCCACGCCGUCUUGGCCCUGUGGAUGGGGGGAGGGCCGAGCAGACUGCCGGGCUUCGCUACACACCAAGUUGGAGUUGCAGGCGCCGUUGUUGACGAGUCCAACGGGAAAGUUCUGGUGGUGCAAGACAGAAACAAGACGAUGAACGCCUGGAAGUUCCCCGGCGGUUUGUCUGAUCCAGGGGAGAACAUCGGCGUGACGGCGGUGCGGGAGGUCUUGGAGGAAACGGGCGUGCGCUCGGAGUUCCGGUCCCUGCUGAGUAUCCGGCAGCAGCACCAGCACCCGGGAGCGUUCGGCAUGUCCGACAUGUACAUCAUCUGCCGCCUCAGCCCGCUCACCUACCACAUCCACUUCUGCACCCAGGAGUGUCUGCGCUGCGAGUGGCUGGACCUGGCCCAGCUGGCCCGCACCGCCCAGACCACGCCCAUCACGGCCCGCGUGGCCCGGCUGCUGCUUCACGGCCUGGAGCAAGGCUUCCAGCACAUAGACCUCGCCAGGGAGGAACUACCGGCCGUCUACUCUGGGAUGUUUUACCAGCUCUACCACCGACCGCUUCCUCCGUCUCAGGCCUCUUAGUCCGGGACUGGACCCGGUUUUACUGGCUUGCUGUGCAUUAACACUAAUCACCAGGACUAGCGACAUAAAGAACUGUUUAGACCAGGUGUGACUUCCGGACAAAAAGGACUGUUUAGACCAGGUGCGACUUCCAGACAUAAAUAACUGUUUAGACCAGGUGUGACUU